GCAGUAGAAAUUAGAAUAGUGGUGCGAGUACGAUGGCCUGCAGGGAAACCGAGAUUGGUCCCUGAAAGAUGGAGCAGUUAUUCCACGCAAGCGGAGAAGGUUCCUCCGGUUUUAAACACCCCACGAGGCCGAGGGCUUCUUCCUCCACUCGCUUUCACGUACAGCUCACUUUCUUGGCCUCCCCCCUUUCCAGCUCGGUUUGCUAACUCAUGGUCGCCUCAUCCCCUCGCCCAACUCCACAUCUUUGCAUGGCUUUCAUGGCACUUCCAGCCGCCUCUAUGUAUAGCUAAGCUAGCCUCCUUGUCGAGGAUCAAUUCGUCAGUCACCCUGUCGAUAUCAGGGUACGCGCGCAUACACCUUUGAUCAGAUAGGAAUAUAGGAUUGCGUUCCGAUCCACAAAAGGCCAGCAGCGUCGUCGUCUCGUCUCCACAUGAUGCAGGACUUGUUCUCGGUCCCGUCCUGUUUCUCGGCCGGCGAGAAGCUCCCGGACGUCCCGGCGCCCUCGUCGGCGACCAGGUCGGGGCAGAGCGCGGUUACGCUGGUCUACCGCGCUGGGAUCGCCGGCCACGACCGCCUGGUCACGGUGACAUGGUGCAGGAACCUGCUCACCCACGGCCUGUCCGUGUCGAUAGAAGGGUCAGCGGGCGGCGGCAAGGACAAGAGCGCCAGGGAGUGGGGCGAGGCCGGCGGCGCCAAGCAGGGCUGCAGCAGCGCCUGCAAGGUGGAGAUGCAGCCGUGGCACUUCUGGCGCAAGUACGGCGCCAAGCAGUUCCAGGUCGACGGCAAGGCGAUCGACGUCGUCUGGGACCUCAGGAGCGCGAGGUACUCCGAUGAGCCCGAGCCGCUGUCCGACUACUACGUCGCGGUGGUCUCCGGCGAGGAGGUUGUCCUCCUCCUCGGCAACCUCAAGAAGGAGGCGUUCCGGCGGACGGGGUCGCGGCCGUCGCUGCAGGACGCCGUCCUGGUGUGCAAGAAGGAGCACGUCUUCAGCAAGAAGCGGUUCCUCACCAAGGCCAGGUUCCACGAGAAGGGCAAGCUGCACGACAUCAGCAUCGAGUGCAGCAGCAGCAACCUCGGCGGCGGCGUCGACGUCGACAUGGUCAUCAAGAUCGACGGGUCCGUCAACGUCCUCGUCAGGCACCUGCAGUGGAAGUUCAGGGGCAACGAGUGCAUCUCGAUCAACCAGCUCAAGGUGCAGGUCUACUGGGACGCGCACGACUGGCUCUUCGGCACGGGGAUGAGGAACGCCCUCUUCAUCUUCAAGCCCGAGCCGCCGUCGGCCUCUGCUGACUUCCACAGUUCUGAUGAGUGCUCUGAUUUCUGCCUGUUUCUCUACGCAUGGAAGGUUGAAUGAGCUAGACAGGAGGAUCCUACGCCACACUUGUUGCUACUAGCCAUGUUAUGAACCAAUAAUUCAUAUCAUGUAAUACUGAUGGAUUGGGAGGUGGAAGUGUAUGGGAAUGAUUAUUGCGGCCUUCUUCUCUCUCUUUCCAUGGGAGCACAUGGAGGAUUGGACUGGAGGGGCGCAGGAUAGUCCUGGGGAUUAGGAUCAACAGGCUGGUCCUGAAUCUGAUAGAGAGACAUGACAGGCAGGAUUCGCAAUGGCAUAGCCUAUCCCAAUCAUGCAUUCAUGCGGAAUUAUCCUGGGAGAGUCCAGCGAAGAGCUGGUCCCUCUCCCAUGCACUACUCUGCUCCAUUUCUCUUAUUAUAUUCUUUUGCUCGUUUGUUUU